AUGUCACCGGCCGUUCCUCGGUGGCUCGGCCUCGUUGCCGUCCUCUGGCUCCAGUCCAUCAAUGGCACGAACCUGAGUUUUCCGGCGUAUUCCUCGCAGCUAAAGCAGUCACUCUCCAUCUCUCAGAUCAAGUUGAACUACCUCGCCUUUGCCUCCGACGCCGGAAAACUCCUCGGCUUCGUAUCUGGCAUCGCCGCUGUUCACCUGCCCCUCCGCCUCGUCCUCCUCGCCGGCGGCUCGCUCGGGUUCGCCGGCUACGGCCUCCAAUACCUCCUAAUCGUCAAGAAAAUCAUUUGCUGGAUCAACACCGUGUGUUACACCGUCGCCAUCAACAACUUUCCGGCGAACCGUCAUGUCGCGGUCGGGAUUACCGCGAGCUACCAAGGGUUGAGCGGGAAAAUCUACACUGACAUAGUGAACGCGUUUUUCUCUGCGUCUCCCAGCGAAGCGACGGCGGGGUAUCUCGUCCUGAACGCGAUCGUUCCUCUGAUCGUAUGCGGUCUGACUGCGUUUUCGAUCGCAGGCGGGGAACCCGGCCCGUUGCCGGACGCAAAAAUAGGGUUCUUGGUGAUGUUUAUAAUCACGAACGCGACGGGAGUUUACGCGGUGGUGACAAGUCUUGUUCCGGCGCCUGCGGUUUUGGUGCUAAUAGGCAUGGCUCUGCUUCUUCUGUCCCCUUUGGCAAUUCCUCUUGGUUUCCGAUUCGAGGAGCUCAUGUUUUACAGUAAACAACACCAAAAGGUGCACGACGUGGAAGUUUCCUUCGGAUCGCGGAGCGUUUACGUCGGAGAGGAAGCCGUUAAACUGGAGGGAGAGCAAGCGUUUUGUAACGCGGUCGGCGUUAAGGAGGAAAUUCAAUGGACGGGGCUUUGGAAGAAAAUCGAUUUCUGGAUAUAUUUCAGUGUUUACCUUUGCGGUCCGGCCGUGGGGCUUGUGUUCUUGAACAACCUCGGACAAAUCGCAGAAUCUCGCGGUUGUCCCGCGACUGCGUCUCUGGUCGCUCUCUCUUCGUCCUUCGGGUUCUUCGGCCGGUUACUCCCUUCGUUUCUCGACUAUUUCUUCUCAAGGAGCAAACACAUGCUGUCAAGCCCAGCGUCAAUGGCGGUAUCGCUAGCGUUCAUGGCCGUCGCGUUCUUUGUCCUCCUCAUAGAUUCCAAAGUGGCGUUGUACGGAAGCACGGCUGCGAUCGGAGUCUUCACCGGUACGAUCACGUCCCUUGCGGUGACGACCACCGCCGAGCUCUUCGGAACCAAAAACUUCGGCGUGAACCACAACAUCGUGGUCGCUAACAUACCCUUAGGCACGUUUGCGUUCGGAUUCUUGGCCGCAAACGUGUAUCACGAAAAUGCAGAAACAGGCCGCGACGGCGGCAGGUGCAUGGGGAUGCAUUGCUUUGAGACCACUUUGUUCGUUUGGGCAUCACUUUGUUCACUCGCCGCGGUUCUCGCCGCGGUUUUGUGCGUCCGAACCCGCGGUUUCUACUCGCAUAAUAAGUCAUAG